GACUUUUCGUUCGAAAAUAGAAUCGUACAUGUAAACUGACUAUGGCCCUAAAGUACUGUGUUGUGUGAAAUUUGUGUGGGUUUGCAAUGUCGGAUAUUGGCAGUGGAGACGAAGGGAUUCCCAGCCAGAAAUACCAUGGCCAGGGAAUGGAUGCAGGAGGAGCGGAUUUUGAUUCAGGUCAGCAAACUGAGAUAGAACUUGCAACAAAAUGUUGCAAAUUCAAGCCAAGCGUUUCUAUCUUGAUGUGAAACAUAAUCGCAGAGGCAGGUUUAUAAAAGUUGCUGAGAUUGGUGCUGAUGGACGUCGCAGCCAAGUAUAUUUAGCUUUGUCAACAGCCGCUGAGUUUAGAGAUCAUUUAUCAACUUUUAGUGAUUACUAUGCAUCCUUAGGUCCGCCCAACCCAGAGAAUGUUCCAGAAGACGGUAAGCUUAAGUCAGAGAUGAUGAUAAAAGAUAAUCGUCGUUAUUAUCUUGAUCUCAAAGAAAAUUCCAGAGGGCGAUUUUUACGGGUAAAAAUUAUAAUUAUGUUGUUAUAG